AUGAAGCGACAGAGUGAGAAUCCUUCUCACUCCACCAUCCUUCAUGGUGCAUGGCCUCAUCUCAAAAUGGUCUCACCUACUCCCUACAGUCACUGUCAGAACUCCAUCAGGCACAACCUCUCCUUGAACAAAUGCUUCAUCAGGGUGCCCCGAGAGAAGGAUGAGCCCGGGAAAGGAGGGUUUUGGAAGAUGGAUCCCCUGUGCACUGACCAGCUCAAGAAAGGUUCCUUCAGAAAGCGGAGGAGGUCCCCAGGGCAGAUCCACCCAGCCUUCACAAAAACGGCCCAUCAAGAACCACAGUGUGAUGCCAGCCCGGCCACUUCAGUUUGCACCCCCACUAACGUCCUCGGGGGCAGCAGAGAGUCGCAGCAGCUGCUGGAGGAGUUGGCAGAAACCCCCAGCAGCCAGACCUGGGAUCCGUCUGAGGGCCAAGCAGGGCAGAGGCACCAGCAGCUCUCACCCAACCGACCGGCCAAGGUGGCUCGGCUUUCUAACUCUGCCUUGCUGACCCAGGAAGAACAGGAGGAGCUGGGAUCCUUGAAAGGUGACUUGGACUGGGAAGGCAUCUUCGACACCAACCUGAAUGCAGACUUGCCCACUUUUGAGGAUCUGGACCUCCUGUCUCCAACCAACCCCACCGUGCAUGACCUGGACUUGACAGUCCCUGGGCAGCACACCGAGGGUCCCCAGGGGCAGGAGCAGGUCCAGACUGAAUCCCACCAGAAAAGCCUGGGGUGGGAUGAAACCUUCAUGGCUGCUGCUUUCCUGCAGAAUCCCUGGGACGAAGGGACAAACGAUUGCCUCAACAACACUGUCAACAUGGAGGAGGUGUUUGAAUGGAAUGACACUCCUUUGCCAGAGGCAGGAAAAGGAAAAGGUCUAUAA